AUGGCGGUGCAGGUUCUAAGUGGUUUCGGUUACGAUCCUCGAACUAAUGAGUACAAGGUUGUUAGAAUCGUGUAUACACUUAACAACCAUGGAGAAAUCCAAGUAUACACUCUUGGCAGUGGAAAUGGGUGGAGAAACAAGGGGAUAGUCGACAGUUAUUUCAAUUCAAUAUAUGGUGUCUUUGCUAAUGGAGCUCUCCAUUGGCUAGAUUCAUCACAAAAGAAGAUAAUGGCUUUCAAUUUGUCAGAUGAGAAUUUCCAUGUCCUCCCAGCAGGACCAUUUUUGUUUCCUAGUUAUUAUCAGUUUUUGUUUCUCAGAUCAUGGGGAGAGCCGUUAUAUGGUGUCGGAACCGGUCAUCAAUGUUUCGAUGUAUGGUCUUUGAGGAGUACAUUGUCAUUAGAGGGAAUUGCUAAUAAUACAGCAGCAACUACCUAUAAUGAGUAUGGGUCUUGGGAUUGGGAUACUCAUUCUUCUGGCUAUUCACCAUUUGCUGUCACGAAGAGUGGUUUAGUUUUAAUGUGGCAUUGGGAUACUCUUUCCGGGACAAACACGCUAUGUUAUUAUGACCCCGCAACGAAAUCUGCAAUGUCUUUAGGCGGUGGUUUGAAUAACUGUCUCGAAGUAAUUCCUCAUAUGAACAGCUUUGUUUCUCUGAAAGAUCUUGGAGAAACGAAAUGUAAGAAAAGAAAGAAAGGAAUUUCAGGGGUUGGUGUGAAGGAUCAUCAGAUCCAUUUAUAG